AUGUCCAAACUCUUCACUCCCCUCAAAGUCGGCCGCGCCCUCCUCAACCAGCGCAUCGCCAUGGCCCCCAUGACCCGCCUCCGCGCAGACAACAACCACCUCCCCCUCCCCUCCGUCAAAGAAUACUACCAGCAGCGCGCCGCCAUCCCAGGAAGUCUCCUAAUCACAGAAGCCACCGUCAUCAGCCAGCGUCACGGCGGCUACCCCAACGUCCCAGGUAUCUAUACAGACGCGCAGAUCGCCGCGUGGAAGGAAGUCACCGACGCCGUGCACGAGAAGGGCUCAUAUAUCUACCUGCAGUUAUGGGCGUUGGGUCGCACAGGAAACCCGGGCUUCCUGGCGAACUCCAGUUACCCGCUUGUGUCUAGUAGCGAUGUGCCGAUGAAGAGUGCGUUUAGCGAUGAAGUUCAUUAUCCGACGCCUCUAACGGAGGAGGGGGUACGAGGGGCGAUUUCGGACUUUGCCUACGCGGCGGAGAAUGCUAUGCGUGCUGGCUUUGAUGGUGUCGAGAUCCACGGUGCGAAUGGGUAUCUCGUCGAUCAGUUCAUCCAGGACGUCUCGAACAAACGAACAGACGCCUGGGGCGGAAGUAUAGAGAACCGAUCCAGAUUCGCGGUGGGUGUGACUCGUGCUGUGACCGAGGCCGUGGGCAACGAUCGCACUGCCAUCCGAUUGAGCCCGUGGAGUCGAUACCAGGGCAUGCGGAUGGAAGAUCCCAUUCCGCAGUUUUCGAAUGUCGUGGAGCAGCUGGCCGAGUUGAAGCUUGCAUAUCUUCAUGCGUGUGAGUCUGAUGCGGACAGCGACAGUCUGCACUUCCUUCUUGAUGCAUACAAGGAUGCCAGUCCUGUUGUCGUUGCAGGAGGAUAUAAUGGAGAAACAGCCAAGGAGGCCGUCGACAGCAAGUAUAAGAACAGGGAUGUGGUUGUUGCGUUUGGCCGGCCAUACAUCUCCAACCCCGACCUGGCGUUUAAAGUCAAGACGGGCCUUGCUUUGAGCGAGUUUGACUAUUCGACCUUUUAUUCGCAGAACCCAGAGGGGUAUACGGAUUAUCCAUUCAGCGAGGAGUUCAAGGCGAUUCAGGCUGCGGCUUAG